CCGCACCUCCAGCAUUUGGUCUUUCUGAUCACCCUCUCCAACCACACACCCUCGAACACACACUCACACACAUAGACAGCAAACUACAACACAGCUCCAAACCAAAGCCCCGUCGUUCGUCCCCCCUCCAUCCUCCCCCUCUCCACCACCACCUCUCGGCCAACCACGUCGCACGUCCGUGACCUUCUAGGCAAGAACACGCGCACGCACAAGCACUGGUCGCUGCAAGCUGGCCCUCGCGUUCUCGUGUUGUUUACUGCAGCCCGAAGAGUCUUGACAUCUUAGAACGGACCCCAGCUAACCCAACCCACCACCCUCUUUUACUCUCGCUCUUGUACUUCCUUCCCACAUCCUCUCCCACCUUGUUUCGCCCCCCCAAAUAGGCACGCAAUAGACUUGCUCCUACGCCUGUCUAUCCUCGCUCCCGCCGUCUGCCUCCCCUACCCCACACACCCUUGGUGGAGAGGAUAAGACCGAGAAUGAGCCAAGCGGCCGCGACGGACCCCAAGCCGGCCCCAACCUCUCCUCCGUCCUUCUCCGAAGCCGCAGCAGCAGCGACGACAGGAACCACGACGGGUACAACCAGCGCAGCGGCGUCGCCAGCCCUGCAGCAGCACCAGCAAUACCAAGAUCAGCAACCGGACGAGGCCACGCCACCGACGGACCAGGAGGUCCACGAGAUCACCGCACACCUCGCCGCAGCCGCCAAGCACCCGUCCGCCGCUACUACUGUAGCGUCGUUCUCCUCGGCAGCCGGUACAACCGCCGCCACUUCUCCUACAACUCCCUUGUCUGCUAGCAACAAGAAUAACGACCCCAGCGACGGCACCGUCAAUCCUAACCCUGAAGGCGUCCUGAUCCUCGACGACGACGACGACGAGGUUACGAGCUACUGGGAUGCUGAGGCCAUGGCUCCGCUCAACCCAGUCUCUGCGGCGGCCAUCUCGCGACUGCGCCGAUACGUUCCACCCGCCUUCCCGCUCUGGGACCGACUGCCGGUCAGCCGCCGCGCGGCAGUUCUGAUACUCUUGUACGCGGACCGUAGGGGCGAUUUGCGUGUUGUCAUCACGAUGCGCGCGGCGAGCCUGCGAAGCUUUUCGGGGCAUGCGGCCUUCCCUGGCGGAAAGGCGGAUACGUUGCAAGAGACACCGUACGAGAUAGCCAGACGAGAAGCGUGGGAGGAAAUUGGCUUGCCCAUGGACGAUGCCCGCAUCCCCAAACCCUUCAAGAUUGAGCCCCUCUGUUACCUCCCCUACAACCUCGCCCGCACGGAGCUCGUCGUCCGCCCUUGCGUGGCCUUCCUCCACGCCGAUGAGGAGCCUGACGAGAAUCCCAGCCCGCUCGUCGAGGAGCGCAUGAUCCCACGGUUGGACGCUAAGGAGGUCGCCGCCGUCUUCUCGGCGCCAUUCCAGAAUUUCCUGAGGGCCAGGGACCCCGAGCCGCACGGCACGCAGAGGAGGGCGCUGCCGCCGGGUCACUGGUACGACGGCAGCUGGAUCCAAUGGAAGGAGCACCCGUGGCGGGUGCACAACUUUUACGUGCCCGUCGACGACCAGCGCGUCACGACGCCGGGCAACGCGAUGGAGGCGGACCACCCGCAGAGCAACCUCGCAGAGAAGCUUGAGGAGGACAAGGUAGGGCGGUUCAAGGUCUGGGGCCUCACGGCACACAUGCUGGUGGACGCGGCGCGGAUCGCGUACGGCAAGGAGCCCGAGUUCGAGUGCAACUCGCACUUUGGGGACGAGGAGAUCAUCUUGCAGGCGGAGAGGGAAGGGAGCCUGGUCGAGAAGAAGAGGAAGCGAGACGAAUCGACGACGACGACGACGACGGUCACGGCAGGAGAGGCGGGCGAGGAGGGCAUAGGGGAGGGGGAGAAGUCGGAGCCUGCGAAGAUGUAGGUCACUUAUGAGGGGUUGCUGAGUUCAAUACGAAAUGAGGUUUGGGUGACGGGGAAGCUUGAGAAUACGACGAGCAACCCCCCCCCUGACGCAUCCCCUCCUCCACUCUCCCUCUCUUCCCAUUGUAGAAAACACUUAUAGAGACUGUAGCUAGAGCAGCCGCAGCGGCCAUGAUGAAUGAAGAUUGCUUUCUUAAUGUAUGUAGUCUUUCGCGCCAGCCUCAAAGCCCCACCCCCCCCCCGUUUCUCCUC